AUGAUGCUCAGUACAUCGUCACUUACAAACUUCCCCGAUGAAAUUAUCCACAACAUUCUCGAUCAGGGUAUCUUGACGCGAACUGAUCUCCACAAGUUUCUAUUCAACAAAACAACCCAUCAUAUUGCUCAACGUAUACUCAACAAAAGAGUACUUGUUCAUUUAUCAGUUGGUAAACGGCGCAACUAUGAAAGCUCGAUCACAACACCUUACGACUACGAUACCACUUGUGACCAACACAUAUACUACAACUUCUCUACCGUCGAAUUGUUUUUACACUGGUUGGCUGAUCAUUAUAAUUUACAAAAUUACAUCAUUCAAAUCUUCAUUGAACAAUUUGAUCUAAGUGAUCUAAAGGCAUUGAAACUUUUACGUGGCAAAAACUUAAAGAUCUACCUUAAUUAUGAGCAUGACUUGUUGAAUCUGGCCCCUCGGUUCAACCGACUCAUUUGGCCAUGCUUUAGAGGGAUUUUUAGUUUGACUGAAAACAGAAUUAGUGUGGUUAUCGAAUAUGAAAACUUUAUAGAAUCACCAAUCCAUUUGAACCUAACAGACAUUGAGGAGAUCGAGAUCCGAAGUUACUUUCCCACAGCUCAGUCCUUCCAUUUGAUUACCGACAUGCCAUGUUUGGCCAAAAUUGUGAUUAAUAAUAGCAGUUUAGCGCCAUUGAAUUUGAAACUUGAUUGUCGUGGUGAUAAUGUUGAAACUUUUGUAAUUAAAGGCCCAGUCGAAAGUUUGGUUCAUGUGGGUAAGUUCUUACAAUAUGAUUGUCAUCGCAUUAGGAAUUUAGUGGUCAAUCGAUGCAAUUUACACGAUUUUCAUUGUCAUUUUUUGAAGCAUUUCAGCCCAUCCGGAUUGCCAAGCUUGCGUAAAUUGGACUUAAGUAGCAAUGAGUUCGGAAGUUUGGAGAAUAUUAAUUUACAACUGUACUUCCCUCGAUUGCUUAGCUUGCAAAUCAAAUUUGAAAUCCACAAGACCAACAAGUUCAGAUUUAGUAAUAUUCAACUACCCUCAACAUUGCAAGUGCUCAAUCUACAAGACAAGAAGAUUUACAGUUUCAGCAUUGCCAUGGGACCAAAGCAAUUCAAAAGUUUGGACUUAUCCUACAACUACCCCUUGGAUUUCCACUUCAACAGUAUCGAUGAAAUUGAUUCACUAAACUUGUCCUACAACAGAUCCAUAUUAUCAUCGAUCCAUCGAUUCAAUCUUGAUGAUAUUGCCAAAUUUAUUUUCAGCAAAGUUGAGCAGUUGAAUCUACAAGGGUGUAACAUAACAAAUGAAGAUUUGGAAAGUUUGGAACUACUACUAGCUUCCCCCAUACAACAACUGCCUAAUGCACCACUUUCACGACUUCACAUCCUAAAUCUAUCAAAUAACAAAUUGAGUAACUUACGAUGCUUCAAUUCCAAAUCUUUCAAAAUGUUACCAUUGCAACAGGUUGAUUUAUCCUUUAAUGCAUUUUAUUCAUUAAGCAAGUAUAAUUUCCCACUAACUUUAGCUAAUUAUCCUAACUUGUUGAAAAUCAAUUUGACAGGCAAUUCACGACUACUGAGAAUUCACUCGAGCAAUGACGAUGAGUAUCCUAAAUUGGAAACUAUGUACACUUCAAUUCGACCAAAUUCAAUAUGA